CGAGAAAAUGAACUAUCAUCAGACAAGACAGAAAGUUACAUGCCAAUACUCUGCUCACCAAUACCUGCAGCCUCAUCCCCAUCCUCCUCAGUUCAUAACCUCAGACCUGAUGAUAUCUCAGCUGUUUAUGUCUUGGGGCUUCCACUCACACACAGGGAUGAAGCAUUCAGAGUGGUCAACAAAGUUGUUGAGUUGCUGUCCAUGUUUAACCCUGAGGUGACGGCUCAACAUGUGGAUCACCCCUUAGUGCAGCCCAGAAGCUUGUUGGAGGAAGCUGAGGAACUGUCUCUCUCCCUUUCACAUCAGGUGAAAGAUUGGAAGCUUGUGCUGCUGUUUGUUCCAGUAGAUUCUAUGUGUGCCUGUUCAUCACAUGUUGCUUCAGAAGUUAAAGUUGCUGUGGAAGAAGUGGAAGCAGCUCUGCAGCUGUUGCAGAAAAAGUUGCAUCGCACUUUAGUUCACGUUACAGUCUGGAGCACAAAUCCUCAGCAGGACAAGUGUGAGUGUUCGAGAGAUGAAAACAUAAACCAGCGACUACAUAAAGCAACUCUUCUGAAAACGCUGCAGGACUCCCUAAGUCUUGUCUUGGAAAACCCAAAGUGGAACAGUGAAAGAUCAGACUUCACUGCUGUGUUGCAGUCUGCACCAGUUGUCCUCGAACAUUUAUCAGAUUCUGAGAACACGUGGUCGGACCAACUAGCGGUUCAGCUUUGGACAAACAUGCUGCAGCCAUCAGAAGGCCAGGAAGAGGUCAUGGACACAGGGCUCAUAACUUUUCCCUGCCCUACCCAGGAUCGACCGUUCCUGCGGACGCAGAAUAAUUCCCCCUCUGACAGAGAGGUCAAAGGUUACAGCAAAGCCUCGUCAAUAACAGAUCCUGUGAUGGGCACUGAGAUACCUUGCACCGACCGCAAUCCAUCUCCCACUACACCCACUUCAGUUCAUGAAUUAAGACCUGGAGAUAUCAAGGUGGUGGCAGCAGUCGGCGACUCUCUGACGGCAGCCAAUGGUGUUGGAGCAAAGACAGACAACCUUCUGUUAGUGAUUAAUGAGUACAGAGGACUGUCAUGGAGCAUUGGUGGUGAUGAAGACAUCACAAAUGUGACCACUCUACCAAACAUCCUGAGGGAGUUUAACGCCAACCUGACCGGCUUCUCAGAGGGAAUCGGGAACCAGGACUCUUCUCAAGCCUUCCUCAAUCAGGCUGUAGCAGGAGCCAAGAGUGGCGACAUGGUGGAACAGGUUCGCAUCCUUGUGGACAAAAUGAAAAAUGAUUCGCGCAUUGAUUUCCACAAUGACUGGAAAGUGAUCACCAUGUUUAUUGGAGGCAACGAUAUCUGUGACUUCUGUACAGACAGCAUAUUUUUCUCUCCCAGGAAUGUGGUCCUCCGUAUCCGCCAAGCUCUGGACAUCCUCCAUAGUGAGGUGCCUCGUGCUAUUGUCAACCUGAUAGAGCUGUUACACAUUGUUCCACUGAGGGAUCUGCACAAAGAUAACAGUCUGGGCUGUCCCACCUGGUUUGUAAAAUUAGUUUGUCCCUGUAUACUGAAGCCUAGAGAUGGAUCCUCUGAGCUGCAGAAGGUCACUGACUUCAAUAAAGCCUAUCAGCACUCUAUGAGAGAGCUGGUUGACUCUGGGCGCUAUGACAAACACGACAACUUCACUGUGGUGCUGCAGCCUUUUCUCAGGGAGGUUUUCCUUCCCAGACUAGAGGAUGGUCGGCCCGACCGCUCCUUCUUUUCACCUGAUUGUUUCCAUCUCAGCCAGAGAGCUCACACUCUCAUGGCUCAGGCUCUUUGGAACAACAUGUUAGAGCCAGUCGGCAACAAGACUUUUACCCAAGACUUCUCAGCUGGCAUCGAUCUGAAGUGUCCCACUGAGACAAACCCAUUUUUUAGGACUGCUCUCAACAGCAACUACACCUUUCCAGGCCCUCCCCCAAUUCCACCUCCGGUCACGAACUGGGGCAGUGACUUUUAUUGUGCUGACACAGCUCCAUCCAACUCUGUGCCCACUUCAGCUCACAGGGUUCGACCAGCAGACAUCAAAGUGGUCGGAGCUGUUGGAGACUCUUUAACGGCCGGCUUUGGUGCGAAGGCAAAGAAUCUCCUGCAGCUACGGACCGAGUACAGAGGAGUGUCAUGGAGCAUCGGAGGAGACAAAAAUCUUGACACUGUCACAACAUUACCAAAUAUCCUUAAGAAGUUUAAUCCUAAAAUCAAAGGAGCAUCACUGGGACAGGGGAAGUUUAGGACUGGCUUCAACAUGGCCGUAUCAGGAGCUAAAGUAGCAGGAAUCCCAGGGCAGGUCCGCCAGCUGAUUGACAAGAUCAAGAACGAUGCUGGGGUGAAUUUUGAGAACGACUGGAAGCUGGUGACGCUCUUCAUCGGCGGCAACGAUCUGUGUCAGUACUGCAACGAUCGGGCGACUCUGUCACCUCAGAACUACAGCCAGCACAUGAUGACCAGCCUGGACAUGCUUUACAGAGAGGUUCCCAAGACUAUUGUAAACGUCUUGGAGAUCCUUGAAAUUGAAGGUCUUCGCCGGAUCAAAAGGGACAGUCUGGGGUGUAACGUGUUGCAGCAGUUUGUCUGCCCGUGCUUCUUGUUACCAGGAGAAGAUUCUCCUGAGCUGGCUGAAGUAAAACGGAUCAAUCGGGAACUACAGGACGAGACAGAAAACUUGGUGUAUGGAGGUCGCUAUGAUGGGAGAGAGGACUUUGCUGUGGUGCUGCAGCCUUAUUUUAGGAACACUGUUGUUCCUCUGAAUGCUGACAGCAGACCUGACACCACCUACUUCUCUGAGGACUGUUUCCACUUCAGUGAGCGGGGACAUGCUGACAUGGCUGCAGCUCUCUGGAAUAACAUGUUGGAGCCAGUGGGUAAAAAACAGACGUACAACGAUUUCACAUAUGGCAGAAAUAAAGUCAAGUGCCCUACUGAGGAGCAUCCUUACAUCUUCACAAAGGUGAACAGCUUCCCCACUUUAACACAUACAUCCACAGCACCCACAACUCCCAGUACAGCCCAGCCUCUCCCCCCUGGCUGCACGGAGAGUGUCCCAGUGUGGCUGGCUGCUGUGCUGGCUGUAGCGGCUCUUGUGAUUGGCUGGGCCGUCACCUGGCUCCUCCUCUCCUGCAGAGCCAAGAGAAACAGGCAGAAGAUGACGGCCGAGGUGGAGAUGAAGGCCACUGUGUUUUAAAGGUGCUACUUCCUGUGUUUUUGCACACUGGACUAUUCAAGGACCGCAACUAUAAAACAACAUUGCAAUAUUCAAAGUGAUUGUUGUGAUAAUAAGGCCAUUUUUCACAACAACAGAUGAUGUAUAGACCUGUCUGCUUUGACUAGAGAAGUUAAUUAUUGUCCUUGAACCACGGAAAGUAUUACUGGAUGCACAGGUGGUAAAGGUGCACCAGACUCCACUUAAUGAAAGCAAUAAAUAAGACAAAAAAUCACACACAUUUAUGCAUUCAAACCUCAUUGAGGCGAAAUGUGUUUUUAAUGUUCUAGCUGGUCUAACAACCCACACCAACCACUACAAAUCAAACACAGUAGAUAUCAUGUGCAAGAAUGAAAUUACUGCCUGCCCGUUAACUUAUUAAUGCUGUUAUAUGUAUAUUUAAUUUUAUUAAAACAGUCAGUAAGGAUAAAGGGUGUCUAUGCUGUACAGAUUGUAAAGCCCCUUGAGGCAAAUUUGUGAUUUGUGAUGUUUGGCUAUAAAAAUAAAAUUGUCGACUUAUAAUGAAACUACAAAUGAUUUCAGUACUGUCA